AAACAGGGCAGACUGUCUCCGGAGCCUAGGGGGUCCUCCUGGCCGGUAAGGUCGUCCAGUCUGGUGGACUGACUGGCCAGUGGGUGUUGGGGCCAAAAGACAGACCACUCUGGUCUGCCCCGGAGAGAAGCCCCUGUGUCCCUUGCACCUCUCCCUCGGAUACUCGCCUUGAGCUGGCUCUCCUGUCCAUAGCGUGGGGAGCCCCUCAGCCCCAUUCCCGAGCCUGGCCGUCUAGCCCGCGAUUGGCCUUGGGGGACACUUCGGGAAAGACCGGGGCAGCUGGCCUGGAGCUUAGAGCCACGGCGUGUGCCAUGGCCCCACACUGGGCUGUCUGGCUGCUGGCAGUGGGGCUGUGGGGCCUGGGCAUUGGGGCUGAGGUGUGGUGGAACCUGGUGCCCCGGAAAACAGUAUCCUCUGGGGAGCUGGCCACAGUGGUGCGGCGGUUCUCCCAAACGGGCAUCCAGGACUUCCUGACACUGACCCUGACUGAGCAGACCGGGCUUCUGUAUGUGGGGGCCCGGGAGGCCCUGUUUGCCUUCAGUGCGGAGACUCUGGAGCUGCAAGGAGUGAUCUCAUGGGAGGCACCAGCUGAGAAAAAGGCCGAGUGUAUCCAGAAAGGGAAAAGUAACCAGACGGAAUGUUUCAACUUCAUCCGUUUCCUGCAGCCAUACAAUAUGUCCCACCUGUACGUUUGUGGUACCUAUGCCUUUCAGCCCAAGUGCGCCUACAUUAACAUGUUCACCUUCACUUUGGAGCGCGGAGAGUUUGAGGAUGGGAAGGGGAAGUGUCCCUACGACCCAGCUAAGGGCCACACAGGCCUCCUUGUGGAUGGUGAGUUGUACUCAGCCACGCUCAACAACUUCCUGGGCACAGAGCCUGUUAUCCUACGUAACAUGGGGCCUCACCACUCCAUGAAGACAGAGUACCUGGCCUUCUGGCUCAAUGAACCUCAUUUUGUCGGCUCUGCCUACAUCCCGGAGAGCGUGGGGAGCUUCACGGGAGACGAUGACAAGGUCUACUUCUUCUUCAGCGAGCGAGCUGUGGAGUACAACUGUUACACAGAGCAGGUGGUGGCUCGCGUAGCCCGCGUCUGCAAGGGAGACGUGGGAGGCGCGCGGACCCUGCAGAGGAAGUGGACCACCUUCUUGAAGGCAUGGCUGGUGUGCUCUGCCCCAGACUGGCAGCUCUACUUCAACCAACUGCAGGCGCUGCACACCCUGCAGGACACCUCUUGGCCCAACACCACCUUCUUUGGGGUUUUUCGGGCACGAUGGGGUGAUGUGGACCUGUCGGCAGUCUGCGAGUACCAACUGGAAGAGAUCCAGAAGGUGUUCGAGGGUCCCUACAAGGAAUACCGUGAACAAGCCCAGAAGUGGGGCCGCUAUACCGACCCAGUACCCAGCCCACGGCCUGGCUCGUGCAUCAACAACUGGCACCGCCGCCAUGGCUAUACCAGUUCCCUGGAGCUGCCUGACAACACCCUCAACUUCAUCAAGAAGCACCCGCUGAUGGAGGAGCAGGUGAGGCCUCGGUGGGGCCGGCCCCUGCUUGUGAAGAAGGACACCAACUUCACCCACCUGGUAGCUGACCGGGUUACGGGGCUUGACAGAGCCACCUACACAGUGCUGUUCAUUGGCACAGGAGGUGGCUGGCUGCUCAAGGCUGUGAGCCUGGGGCCCUGGAUCCACCUAAUUGAAGAGCUGCAGGUUUUUGACCAGGAGCCCCUGGAAAGCCUGGUCCUGUCCCAGAGCAAGAAGCUGCUGUUCGCGGGCUCCCACUCUCAGUUGAUUCAGCUGCCCCUGGCCGACUGCUUGAAGUACCGCUCCUGUGCAGACUGUAUCCUCGCUCGGGACCCCUACUGCGCUUGGAGCGUCAACACGAGCCGCUGUGUGGCCGUGGGCAGCCACUCUGGAUCCCUGCUGAUCCAGCAUGUGAUGGUCUCAGACACCUCGGGCAUUUGUAACCUCCGUGGCAAUAAGAAAGUCAGGCUCACGCCCAAAAACAUCACAGUGGUGGCGGGCACAGACCUGGUGCUGCCCUGCCGCCUGUCCUCCAACCUCGCCCACGCCCGCUGGACUUUUGGGGGCCAGGACCUGCCUGCAGAACAGCCUGGCUCCUUCCUCUACGAUGCCCGACUGCAGGCCCUGGUGGUGAUGGCCGCCCAGCCCCGCCACGCCGGGGCCUAUCACUGCUUUUCCGAGGAGCAAGGGGCACGGCUGGCUGCUGAAGGCUACCUGGUGGCUGUGGUGGCAGGCCCGUCAGUGACCCUGGAGGCCCGGGCACCCCUGGAAAACCUGGGGCUGGUGUGGCUGGCCGUGGUGGCCCUGGGGGCUGUGUGCCUGGUCUUGCUGCUGCUUGUUCUGUCACUGCGCCGGCGGCUGCGGGAGGAGCUGGAGAAAGGUGCCAAGGCAGCGGAGAGGACCCUGGUGUACCCGUUGGAGCUGCCCAAGGAGCCCAGCAGUCCCCCCUUCCGACCUGGCCCUGAGACAGAUGAGAAACUGUGGGAUCCUGUUGGCUACUAUUACUCGGAUGGCUCCCUCAAGAUUGUGCCUGGACACGCCCGGUGCCAGCCCGGGGGAGGGCCCCCUUCUCCGCCUCCUGGGAUCCCUGGCCAGCCCCUGCCCUCUCCCACUCGGCUGCACCUGGGGGGUGGGAGGAACUCGAAUGCCAACGGCUAUGUGCGCUUACAGCUAGGAGGCGACGACCGGGGAGGGCUUGGGCACCCCCUGCCUGAGCUCGCUGACGAACUGAGGCGCAAACUGCAGCAGCGCCAGCCGCUGCCGGACUCCAACCCCGAGGAGUCCUCAGUAUGAGGGCCGCGCCCACCUCAGCGUGGGAGACUCAGCCCAUCCAUUUGCACAGGCACCACCUACCUCAGGGACGAGUGGGGCGCCCCCGCCCAGCACUGCCGGCACAAGCACUGCCGCUUGGUGUGGCUCACCAGGGCACCGGCCUCGCAGAAGGCAUCAUCCUCUCUGUGAGGGGCUGGGAAUUGCCAACACGCGGGACCCCAGCAGCCGAAGCUUUUCAAGGCAGAAGUUGGAGAUGUGGGUGUGUUUGUAUAUAUACGCGUGUGUAUGUGCGUGUGUUGCACGUGUGUUUUGUUGGGUGUGUGUGACAUAGUCUUGUUUCUGUCAAGUCUUCCCUUGGCCUGGGAUCCUGAUGAGUCAUUGGAGCUAUGAAGGGGAAGGGGUCGUAUGACUUUGCUUCUCCUAUCCCCCACCUGUCCCCAGCGUGGGGGCAGAUGUACAUAUGGGGUGGGCUGGGCAGGGUGCUGUGCCCCUUGGCGGGAGUGCAGGGCUCUGGAGUGGGCCUCUCCUGCUCCUAGGGCUGUGAAUGUUUUCAGGGUGGGGGGAGGGAGAUGGCGCCUCCUGUGUGUUUGGGGGAAGGCUGGGUGGGGCAUCCCGCGUGGCCCUGGGGUUCAGUGGUAUUUUAUACUUGUCCUCCCUUACAGGGCUGGGAAAGGUUAUGAGGGGGGAGGGGUAGGGGAAGGGAGAGGGUGGGCAUGCUGUGGGUAUGGCAUACCCUCUCCCAGCCCUAGGAGGAGGGCUCCUAACAGUGUAACUUAUUGUGUCCCCACGUAUUUAUUUGUUGUAAAUAUUGAGUAUUUUUAUAUUGACAAAUAAAAUGGAGAAAAUGAAA